UCAACAAAAACCGCAUAUUUCAAACGCAAGCCAAACGUGAAUCCUAACGCAGUCCAAAAGCAAAUAUUUUAAUUAUAUGAAGAGUGACAGACGGAAUAUUUUGUGUGAAUGUAAACAAAACGGCAACAAAUCCUCAAAGCCAUUUUCCUGCGUUUCCUCAAAUAGGAAACACUAAAGCAACUGACGUCCCAAAAUACAGCUGCCACAAGAGUACGUUUUCCAAUACUCCCUGAGAACAU